GAAGGUUCGGGGUGAGGCAGAGGAGGGGUUGGGGAGAUGUUUUCAUGAGGACAUCAGUGAAACACAGGCUGGGAUCAGACCUUGCUCAUUGUCCCGGCGAUCUCCAGGGGAGUCCUGCCAGUGGCACCACUUGGAGACAAGACACCAGAGUGGUUCCAGAAAGUGCUUGAGCCCCACUUAUGAGCGAGACGCUCACCAUGCUGUCAGAAGCCAUGAACCUCUGGCAUGGCAUAGUGAUUGCGGUGGUGACCCUCCUCCUGCAGACCUGCCUCCUGACAGCCAUCAACUACCUGCUCAGCAGGCGCAUGGUCCACCAGAAUGAACAGAUACUGAAGGGGGUCAGGCUCCAGGCCCCCAGGCCUAGCCCUGCCCCCUAUUACCCACCUGCUGCUGAGGAGGUGAAGGAGACGCAGACAGAGAGAGACCCCCCUGUGUCUGAUCUCCGUUACAGGCAUGACAGCGACACAUCCUCAGAUAGCUCGGACAGCUCCAACAGCUCACCUCCCAUCCGCCAGGCCAUCAAGGAUGUGAAUUACACACAAGUGGUCUUUUCAGCCCCCAGAGGACUGAAAAAUGACUCUGCCCGGGACUAUGAGAACACAAAGGAAACCACAGAUUAUGUCAAUGUCAAUCCAAAAAGCUACACGACCAAUUUUUGGACUUUUGCGAACCCUUCUGUUUCUGAGCCAGUGGAAUAUACUCAGGUGGCCAUAUGA